AUGGAGUUGCUGAGAGUUGCAGACGUGCCCAUACCGGAUGGACUGUGCCUCACCCAAAGUGUACACAAUAGAUCUUCUGACAACAUAGCUGAGGAGGAUGUGCCCAUUAACAAGGGGCAAAAUGAUGGUCCACCUCAGCCGGACACAAUAGAUCUGCUGACAGAGCCAACUAAGUGCAGUCUUCUGGAUGGCAGCGAGUGUGACAUGGAGCUCGCAUUAGGCACUGUCUAUCCAAAUCAACAGACUUGCCAUACAGUACCGGUACAGAAUGGGUAUGCAGUGGUGCAACCUACUUAUGUGUGGCCCAAUGCGAGGCACAUUAAACUGCCUAUCCCAGUAGAGGAUGACAUCACAACCCUAGCUGAUUCUCUCUUGCAACGCAUACAGUGGCCAAGGCGGAGAAUCCUUAUCCCACCCAGGUCUAGAGAUCCAAACUCUGCAGCACCAUCAGCUGGUAAUACAGCUUCAAAUGCAGCUACUUUAGCUCUGCGUCAGCAAAAGCAGCAUCAGUAGGACCUGCAGCUCAGGAGCAGCUAGAUAGCCAAACUGAGCCCCAGCAGCAUCCGCUAAUCCAAACUGAGUCCCAGCAGCAUCCGCUCAUCCAAACUGAGCCCCAGCAUAAGCAGCUCAGCCAAUCUCCACAGCAGCACAGCGAACAUGAGCCUAAAAAUAUGGAAGUUGGCGCUGUUUGGACUAUGGCUAAUCCAAAGUACAAGCCUGGUGAGCCUAUGUUGUCAGAAAAGGCUUUAAAGUCUGCUGGGCCAACUUGUCAAGCAUUGCAUGCUUACAUCAUGAAACAAAGUGCAAAUGGUGCUAUUGACAUUCCUGCAAAGGUGGCUGCAUCCUACUUUCAUACUGAGGAUGAUUUAAAAUUGGCAGUUGGAUUCAAUGACUUGUAUGACCUUUACAACCUGGAUAGUCUGGACAUGAGCUUGUUGAGGUGCUGGACAUUGAAAAUGAUGAAACAGGCAGAGGAGAUGCACUGCAAUGUUGGGUUUUUGGACCCACAGAUAUUCUCAGCCACACUCGUUCAAUACAAGUCCAAAGAUGUGAUAACAGCAAUUAAAAGGGAUAUGAAUCACGACUACGUGGUGGGUGCCUACAACAUUGGUAGCCACUGGGUACUAGUGAUCAUUGCUAUGAAGUGGAAUGUUGUUUGGUAUUUGGAUUCUGCUAAAAGUUUUCCAUUGCGAAAGUUCAAGGAUGUAGUAACUAUUGUGAACUGGUAAGUAGAUUCUAGGUUUAGGUCACACAAAUU